GGGUAGGAGAGAGAGAGAGCGCGCGCGUGAGAGCGAGGGAGAGAUCUCAGAAAUGGGCGGCAGUAAGAGAAAUUCAAACUCCGGUGGCGGCAGGAAGGCAUCGGACUCCGGAGAUAACUUGCAUGGAGGUAUCCACGCAGCUGCGAGAGAAGGCAAUAUGCCUGUCCUCGAGGAGAUUUGCAACUACAACCCGUUGGCUAUCAACUCCAGAGAUAAGCACUCGAGAACACCAUUGCAUUUGGCUGCUUGGUCAGGCCAGACUGUGGUGGUUUCAUUUCUCUGCAACCUGAAAGCUGAUGUUGGGGCAGCCGCAAUUGAUGACAUGGGAGCAAUUCAUUUUGCUUCGCAGAAAGGGCAUCUAGAAAUUGUUCGGAUUCUUGUUUCAUCAGGUGCUUCUGUCAGUGCACGCACCAGGAAAGGCUUCACACCACUCCAUUAUGCCGUCCAGGGUUCUCACUUGGAUCUUGUGAAGUACUUAUUGAAGAAAGGUGCAAGCCUAACUGCGAAGACAAAGGCUGGGAAACUUCCGUUAGAUGUCGCCAGCAAUGAAGAGAUCAAAAAAAUUCUGAUGGGCCACGAGGAGGCUACCAAAAAGAAAGAAGACACAAAUGGAUGUGAAAAGGCGGAAGAUAAAGCAGUAGCUGAGCAGGCGUCUGUUCAUGAGAUAUCUGCAGGCGAUGAAGGGGAAGAGAGAACUAAUGAAAGGGAUGAAGAUCAAGAAGAUAGGACCGUCGAGAGCAACAAACGAUCGAUUGCAGAAGCCAAGAUCGAAGAAAAUGUAGCAGAACCUAAAAGACACAAGGUUGCGCUGAAGCACCUUCUUGUUAGUGAUGACCUUGAAGAAGAAGAAUAAAAAGAAGACAGAAGAACAAGGUUGCUCUAACUAAUAGAUCAAUUUCUCGGUUUUCUCCUCAGUUUAAUGACUGAGUACUUGCUUGCCACUACCUGCCCUCUCGAACCCAGCCGGGAUUUAGUAGGCUGGGUCCAUCCCUUACUUCCAAUGACUGUCCUGAUCGUUAGGAACUUCCUAGGUCCAAAUGUGUUGUAUAUGCUUUUGGUUAAGAUUCUUGAGGGACGUGCAUCAAAAGCGUUGUAAUUGAUCACCUAUCUGGUAACGGUAGCCUUGAUUUGUGGAACUUGGAUACAAAAAAAGCACUGGACAUAGAUCCUGCCUUAAA